AUGAGCAUAGACUUGAACGUUUCUUGUGGAAAUGAUGGUGUCGAAGACAGUUAUAGCGGCAUUGUGGGUGAUGAUGCAUUUCGCAAUGAUGAAACUGGAAGGAAGGCUGCGGACUUGGAGGAAGACGAUAUUGAGGUGAGCACCAGUCCCGUCGAAAAUGAAUCUAGUGGAGAUGAUGAAGAUGUACGAGAUUGCGAAGAUAUGGAAGAUUCUAAUCGUUUUAAUAAUUUCGAUAAUGGUGGAAAUGAUGAGACAGAAGCAGUUCAUUGCUCCGUAUUGUGUGAUUUCUCUGUUAGAAAAGGAAGUCAAUGUUAUUUCCUGAACACUGCGGCGGUUCGUGCUAAGAUAUAUCAUUGUUCAUGUCACGGCUCUCCUGAUAAUAAGUGCUCUAUUGGUAGAGUGUCGGUAUGCAAAAGACAGUCAUAUAGGAGCAAUUGCAAUGCCAAGCUACGCGUUGCUAGAGAGGAUGUUGAAUCACCAUGGAAAGUUACUAUUUUUGACAAUGAACACAACCACAAGUUGCUCAACCCAAGUGAGAGUUACCUGCUCCGUUCCGCCCGCAAUAUGUCUCAAUCGAAGAAGAUUUUGCUUGUAGCUUUGACGUCUAGUGGCAUUGGUGUUAGUCGUGCGUAUCGUUUCUUGGAGAAUGAAGCAGGAAGCCGUGCAAAUAUUGGAUUUCUGCGCAAGGAUGUGUACAACGUGCUCAAUAGCGAGCGUAGAGAAAUGGCGAAAGUUGCUAAUGCGGAUGCAAAUAAGCUGCUUGAGUAUUUCACCGACAAAGGAAAGAGUGACCCAUCAUUUUAUUGGCGGGUGAAGAUAGGUGAUGACGGACGCCUUAAGAAUUUGUUUUUUCGAGAUACAAGGUACCUGGUUGACUACCAACAUUUCGGAGACGUUGUUUCUGUAAAUGCCACGUAUAAGACAAACAAGUACGAUUUGGCUUGUGUUCCUAUCAUUGAAAUUAACCAUCACCGUACGAAUGUGAUGUUUGCGAUGACUUUCUUGUCGAAUGAGAAAUCGGAAUCCUAUGAGUGGUUGUUUUCCACUUUUCUUGACGCGAUGUAUCGUAAGGAGCCGACUAUCAUUUUCUCCGACCAAGACAAGGCACUAAUGAAUGCUUUGGAUAACACAUUUCACGGGGCGUCACACCGGCUAUGUCAGUGGCAUAUAAAUAAAAAUGCCGGGAAGCAAUUUGGUAAGUUGAAUUACGAGAAAGAUUUUAAGCGUUUGUGGUUCCGUUGUAUGAAUGGAUGCGAAAAUGCGGAAGAGUUUGAUGCAACUUGGAAUAGCAUGAUGGAGGAGUUCAAUUUAUCACAAAAUAGAUGGUUUAAAACCAUGUAUAACCUUAGGAAGCGAUGGCCCUCUGCCUUCACGGUAGAGAAAUUUUCGGGUGGAUUACAUGCAACAUCUAGAAGUGAGGUUACGAACAAGGUGAUUAAAGAAUUAUGUAGUAGUACCUCAAGUGUGUACGAAUUUAUACUUGGCUUUGAGAAGUUGCAGAAAAAUUGGCGUACUCGGGAGUUUGAGGAGGACGCAUUGUGUAGGGGCAUGCCGGGUAUGUUCAUUCAGAGAAGCGGUAUUUUGGUACAACUUGGUGAAUUAUGUACCCAAAAUAUUUUCAAGUUGUUUGAGGCUGAAAUUUUGAGUUCGGUAACUGUGAAAAUGACGGAAGAACCACUCGAUUUAAAUGUUGAGGAGGCGGUGUUCAAGAAUUCCGGAGGAUAUGUAUUGAAUCGGUGGCGCCGUGAGUCGAAGGAGCGGAUACCGAUAGGUGAGCGGGCUAUAGAUAGUGGCACUUCAAACAAUUUUGCCAACAUGGUGUUUGUUAAUCAUAACAUGAAGCGUGUCUACGAUUUGUUGAGCGAAUUCAAGGACAACAAGAGUUGUAGGGAUGCAAUGAAUGAGUAUAUUGGUAAUAUGAUAGAUGGUGUUCAUCGCUUGGCGAAGGGCAAGAAGAACGGAAGUAAAGAGUCCUUGCAUCGCCCCAUAAGAGAUCCGCUUGGCAAAAGGAAACGUAAAUCUCGGCGGAAGAUGUGUAGUAAAAUGUGGGAACAUGGAGCCCAACGGCAAAACCAUGCAUCAAGCUUUACUGCUGAUAUGGAAGAUGAGGAGGAAGAUUUAGUGGGCAAUACUUUCUGGCCGUCGGACUCCAGAGUGGACGAGCGGGAUGCGUCUCUUGAUCGGUUUUCCAUGGAUUAG